ACUCAGGUCCUUUCUGUGCACGAAAGCUAGACAGCGCCGUUCUCAGUCUGUCUCUCACUCAGCUGCUGCCUCCAAUACAAGUAACCGGACGGGCAGCUCCGCGUCUGUCUGUCAGCGCAGACACUCACCGGGACGAGACAGCGUAUCCGCGGCGGCCGCACUCAGCGCCCAGCGCCGCUCGCUGCUUGCUUACAGCGUGACUGGCUCGGUUUUUGUGCAAAAAAAAAAAAUCCCAGACAGAAAUCCCUGUGCAAAGGAAGGAGGAAAUGUAACGAGCUGGGGAGAGAGGGAGCGAUGGAAGGACACGGCUAAAAAGGAAGAUUAAAAAAAGGAAAGUUUUACACCUCGACCUUGCAACUCUGCAAAGCCCCCCAAAGGAGUUUAUUGGGGGCAAUGACAAGUUGUGGUUGUUGACCUGAUUUCGCUUUACAUCAGGCUGCCAGACACUCGGGGCUUCGCAGUCUGGGGCUGCUUUUGGAGGGUGUGACUGGACACGUUAGUGGAGCUGUCAUCCACUGGAGAUCACUAUUUGGGUCACACACUGACACUGCCACUACAUUUCACGAUUUGGAUUCACUUCGGGUGGGAUUGUUUCUUGCUUUUUCUUUUUAAGACGGAACACGUCUUUUUUUUAUUAUUAUUAUUAUUAUUAAAUAAAUUGUUAAUUCCUUGUAUAUACACUUAAUCGUGGCACGGACACGAGACAGCAGCCCAAAUACCGCGUGGACCUUUUGCCAGCUUACUAUCAUGUCAUAGAAAAAGAUAUGGAGACAAAAGGAUAUCACAGCUUCCAGGAAGGAGUAGAUAUGGAAAGGCGAUGGGGUCAAGCUCCUCAGUCCAUGGACUACUCUUCCUCAGGUUCCGGGCAAGAGACUCCUGAGAACCCUUUCAUGGAAAUUGUAAAUGUGAGCUGCAUAUCCGGAUCUUUUUCAGAAAAUGUUGGAGAAGAAGACGGUAAAGAGAAACAAGGUCUCCUCCCUUGCCUUCAGCAAGAGCUUAAUCAGUCUAGUGUGUUAACACAGGAACUUAAACCUGAACUGGAAUCAAAAGAACUUUCUGCAACUGUCGCUGAAUCUAUGGGAUUGUACAUGGAUUCUGUACGAGAUGCAGAUUACACUUAUGAACAGCAGAACCAUCAAGGAACGGUUGGUCCUGGAAAUAUGUAUUCAAAAGUUGAGCACCUUGUAAAGUUUUACAAACAAAAUGCUCGUAGAACUUCUCAAAAUCAGCCGGUAAGGUCAAUUCUAGACUCUGAGAAUUCAGUAAAUAGCAAUGUAAACAUUACCGUGAGGAGCCCAAUAUCCUCAUCCACAAGUAGCCCCUCCAACAUGACACUUUCUGUUUGCAGCCCCACUGGAAUAAACUCUGUUUCUUCAACUACUUGUCCUACAAACUAUGGAAAUUUUGCAGUACACAGUCCAGUUAAUCAAGGAACUCCUGUCUCAUGCUCCCCAAACAUUGAUAACAGGUGUCCAAUUUCUCACAGCCCUGCUCAUACAAGCACUGUGGAAUCACCACUGUCCAGUCCACUGAGUAGUAUGAGAUCACCUAUCUCCAGCCCACCUAGCCACUGUAGCUUAAAGUCUCCAGUAUCUAGUCCUAAUAAUAUUACUAUGAGGCCUUCGGUGUCUAGUCCUGGGAAUAUAACCACAAGGUGUUCUCUAUCCAGUCCUUCCAAUGCCAAUAAUCGGUCCACUAUUUCUAGUCCUGCGGCAAGUUCCAUGGGGUCUUCAAUAUGUAGUCCUGCAAACAACGCCUUAGGAUUUCCUUCUGCAGCCAUGUCUACAGAAUGUGGACCUGCUCAGGACACUGCUACUGAAACUAAAGAUAAAGGCGUCCAACAGGUUAUGUUUCCAAAAUUGGAAGUAAUGGAGGAUGAAAUGUCCAAUACUACUACUACAUCUAUGGUGAAGUUUAUUAAGCCAGACCCUGAUGGAAAUUUCAUGAGUUCAUGUUUUGGAGAUAAUAGCAAAGUGGCUUCCGAUUCUUCUUUCCCAAUCUCUGUAAAGCAAGAGCCAUGUAAAAACACAUGUUCUAAUUCUCUCUUUAAGAGUAACCAGUCAGGAAAUCCUUUUCCGUUUAUUGAUGGCUCAUACUUUUCCUUCAUGGAUGACAAAGAUUACUAUUCCCUUUCUGGAAUUUUGGGACCACCUGUAACAUCAUUUGUUGGCACAUGUGAAGGCUUUUCUAAUCAAGCUGCAUCUAUAGGGAUUAAACAGGAGAACAAUGACAGUAACUUUUACCCAGAGAACAGCAUGCCUUCUUCAGUGAUUGGUGGUGUUAACUCAACUGGACAGUCAUUUCAUUACAGGAUUGGAGCUCAAGGCACUAUCUCUUUGUCACGUCCUAGAGAUCAAUCUUUCCAACAUUUAAGUCAAUUUCCUCCAGUAGGAUCGCUGGUUGACAGUUGGAAAACACACUCUGAAUUGUCUCAGAGUUCUUUGUCAACCAGGAGAAGUGAUGGAUUCCCAGGUUCAGGAUACAUUCCAGAAAAUAUGUCAAGCUCUGCAUUAAGGAGCAUGUCAACUGGAUCAUCACGACCUUCCAAAGUAUGUCUCGUUUGUGGGGACGAGGCCUCUGGUUGUCACUAUGGAGUAGUCACCUGUGGGAGCUGCAAAGUCUUCUUCAAAAGAGCAGUGGAAGGUAAAUGUUCAAGACAGCACAGCUAUCUGUGUGCAGGAAGGAAUGACUGCAUUAUUGACAAGAUUAGGAGGAAAAACUGUCCGGCAUGCAGGUUGCAGAAAUGUCUCCAAGCUGGAAUGAAUCUUGGAGCUCGGAAAUCCAAAAAGUUAGGUAAAUUAAAAGGAGUGCAUGAAGAGCACCAGCAUCCGCCACAGCAUCAGCAACCUACACCACAGAGUCCCAAGGAGGAGACAUUCCCCUCUUCACCAAAAGACACCCCCAUUCCUGCAAACACAACUGUUGUUCCUCUCAUAUCUGCCGUGUCUCCAGCUCUAAGUUUGUCAGCAUCUGUCAUACUUGAAAACAUCGAGCCUGAUGUGGUGUAUGCAGGAUAUGACCCUACUCAGCCGGAUACGGCAGAAUACCUCUUGUCCAGCUUAAACCGACUGGCUGGGAAGCAGAUGAUUCAAGUUGUAAAAUGGGCAAAAUUAAUUCCAGGAUUUAGAAACUUGCCGCUCGAGGACCAAAUUACGUUAAUACAGUACUCCUGGAUGUGCCUAUCUUCAUUUGCUUUGAGCUGGAGAUCAUAUAAACACGCGAAUAGCCAAUUUCUGUAUUUUGCUCCAGACUUGGUAUUUAAUGAAGACAGGAUGCGCCAGUCUGCGAUGUAUGAGCUGUGCCAAAGUAUGCAGCACAUUAGCCUGGAGUUUAACCGUUUGCAGCUAACCUUUGAGGAAUACACAACUAUGAAAGUCUUGCUACUGCUAAGCACCGUUCCUAAAGACGGACUUAAAUGCCAAGCUGCAUUUGAAGAAAUGAGAGAGAACUACAUUAAGGAAUUGAGGAAAGUAGUAAUGAAAAUUCCCCAGAGCUCCGGACAAAGCUGGCAGCGAUACUUCCAGUUAACAAAACUUCUGGACUCGCUUCACGAUGUGGUUGGUGACUUGCUAGAAUUCUGCUUCUACACAUUUAAGGAAUCUCAGGCACUAAAAGUUGAGUUCCCGGCAAUGCUUGUGGAGAUAAUUAGUGAUCAGUUACCAAAGGUGGAGUCUGGGAAUGCAAAGCCUUUGUACUUUCACAGAAAGUAACCAGAGAGGUCUUCAAAAAAAAGAAAAGAA